UUGGUUAAGAUCUAACACACAGUAAUUUGCAUUAAUAAGGCCAAGAGGUUCCUUGCUGUGAGCUAAGCCAUGUGUCACACUAAGUCUGCAUCUCACAUCUAAUGCCAUAGGAAAUCCAAAGUUGUCACUCUAAUGGAUCAAAUCAAGAUCCAAACCAUGAUCCCUUGUAAUCCAGAGCAAAACAGUCUAGCUUUAAAUAGCGGUUGUGAUUAUGUCAGUCUAUUUACUGAAGCUGAGCAAAGAGACCAUUCUCAAGAUGGGCAACAAUAAAAGUAGUGCUCUUUCUAAAGACCUACUAGAGGACCUAAAGUCCAACACUACGUACACAGAAGAGCAGCUUUACGCCUGGUAUCAGGCCUUUCUGAAAGAGUGCCCGAGCGGAUGCAUCAGCAGGGAGCAGUUUGAGGGCAUCUACGCCAGGUUCUUUCCCAAUGCAAACCCGAAGGCCUACGCCCAGCACGUGUUCCGAAGUUUCGACUUGGACAGUAAUGGCACACUCGAUUUUAAAGAGUAUAUUGUGGCACUGCAUCUCACCUCCUCCGGGAACACUAUUGAGAAGCUCGAGUGGGCCUUCGCCUUGUACGAUGUGGAUAAGAAUGGCAGCAUAACAAAAAAUGAGAUGAAUGACAUUGUCAAGUCAAUAUUUAACAUGAUCUCUAAAGAGGACCAGAAAAACCUCCCCCAUGAUGAAAACACACCUGAAAAAAGAACAGAAAAAAUCUGGAACUUUUUUGGGAAAAAAGAAAAGGAUAAAAUUACAGAAGGAGAGUUCAUUCAGGGAGUGAUGGACAAUAAGAACAUCCUCAGACUGAUCCAGUUUGAUGAACCUCAGAAGAUUCAAAACAGACUGAAACAAAAGAAGCAAUAGUGCUUGCAGUGUUGUCUG